AUGUUGUCGACGGUGAGUGCUUUACUUGGGUCUCUUACCUUCCCGAUCUUCUGUAAACUGAAUUAUCAGCUAUUCUGCCAUGGAUUUAGCGUGAUUGAUUUCGCGUUUAAUUUGAUUCGUCCCCACCGCUGCUCCGGUGACUCCAAGGUCUUCUACCUGAAAAAGAAGGGCGAUUACCACAGGAACUUAGUCGAGUUUACCACUGGUCAAGAGAGGAAAGACGCCGCCGAGCACACUAUCUCCGUCUACAAGUCCGCUCAGAGCGUUCACUUGUCUCCAUCGAAACUGGCGAAUUUGUUCGAUCCCGAUGCUUCUUGGGACAAGGAUCAAUUGGGAGACGUGUUGCAUUGGAUCCGACAAGUGGUGGGAUUGAUCUGUGGAUUGUUAUGGGGCUCAAUUCCACUUGUUGGAGGCAUUUGGAUCAUUGCGUUUUUGGCGAUAUCGUCAGGGAUAGUUUAUGGUUACUACGCAAUGAUUCUCAAGGUUGAUGAAGAAGAUUUUGGGGGACAUGCAGCUUUACUCCAAGAGGGUCUCUUCGCCUCAGUUACUCUCUUUUUGCUCGCAUGGAUUCUUGUCUAUAGCCUGGCACACUUCUGA